GACAGGCGGCUGUAGGGACCGGCAUCAGUCGCAGCCUCUAGCUCAUCCAGCACAGUCGCUUGAAAACGCAGAAACCUCAGCUCAAGAUGAAAUUCCUUAUUGCCUUCGCCCUGUUCGCCUGCGUGGCCGCCGAUGUGAGCCACCUGAGCAACGAGUACCUGCCCCCCGUCCAGAGCUCGUAUGCCGCCCCCUCGGUGAGCUACUCCGCUCCAGCUGUCCAGCAGACCUACGCCGCUCCAGCCAUCCAGCAGUCCUAUGUCGCCCCCAGCAACGAGUACCUGCCUCCCGUGCAGACCUACUCCGCACCGGCCGUCCAGAGGACCUACUCCGCACCAGCUGUCCAGAGGACCUACUCCGCCCCCUCUGUUAGCUACUCGGCUCCCUCCGUGAGCUACUCGGCUCCAUCGGUCAGCUACUCCGCUCCCGCUGUGCAGCAGUCGUACUCCGCUCCAGCCGUCAGCUACUCCGCCCCUGCUGUCCAGCAGACGUACUCCGCUCCUUCCGUCAGCUACUCCGCCCCUGCUGUCCAGCAGUCGUACUCCGCUCCUUCCGUCAGCUACUCCGCCCCCUCGGUCAGCUACUCUGCCCCCGCUGUCCAGCAGUCGUACUCCGCUCCUGCCGUCAGCUACUCCGCCCCAUCGGUGAGCUACUCUGCUCCCUCCGUGGAUGUGGGCACCCAGUACGCCUCCAACGGUGGCUACGUCUACAGGAAGUAGGGAUCUUCAACGAAGAGGCCUGCAACUGAACACGAAAUAGUGUACAUAACUACAUACUGCCCAAAUUAACCAUCUAUUUUUUUUUGUUUUGUAAACUUUGUUAA